GAAACUUGGCCACAACUAUGACGAGAACAUCCUGUGUACGGACGCCAAAACUCUGAAGACGAUCAAGAUCUGGGAUGCGCACGCCGGCGCCUGUCUACAAACCCUCAGCGUCAGCUCUACCGUCAAUUUGUCUUUCGACCCCACCGGUUCUUUUCUUCACACUGGUAUUGAAUUCUCACCCUUCACGCCGCUUCAGAACUCCAAUUGCCAAGGCCAAACCAGUCGUCGCAAAGUCCUGAAUAUCAAGGUUUUGGUAUCAGUUCUGAUGGGUUCUGGAUCACAGGAAGCUCAAAAGAAUUA